CUGACCAAAUUAAGGCUUUAUGAUAAUUUUCUUGCCAAACAAUUUAUAAACGAUCCACUCAUAUUUCCCAAAUAAAACCAUGUCAAACAUAGCAUUCUAUUUUAGUUAUGGUUUUUAAAGAGAAUUGGGAUCUAGUCCACUUGUUUCCGCCAUGUUGCAUCCAUUGAGAAGGGGAUCAUGCGGUUGAGCAACCCAUUGAGUGGAUGCUGUGAGCCCUAAUUUAUAACUUCAAACUUGGAGGGCGGGGAAAGAUAACAGGAGAACGUGACAUACAAUUGAAGUCGGAAGUUUACAUACACCUUAGCCAAAUACAUUUAAACUCCAUUUUUCACAAUUCCUGACCUUUAAUCCGAGUAAAAAUUCCCUGUUUUAGGAUAGGACUGAGAGAAGCAUACAAUGAGCCGCCGCCACGCAAAAGGUAAGAAUCGAGCUUGAUAAUUUGUUAGCAACAUUCUAACUUUGUACAUGUGUAUCUACUGUAACGUGUGGCGGUAGCGUUUGUGUUUGUGAUACAAUGAAAGGUGUAAAGUGUGUCUGCAAAUAAGCUCUGUUGUGAAUGAUUUAUUGUAGUGAGAAUAGUUUUUCUACAAGUUGGGAGGGGGCUAGGAAUGCGCUGGUCGCUCAGGUUUCUACAGUUAGUGGGGAAAGGCCAAUUAAAUUGUUCUCCGGCAUGUUUCUAAUGUAAGUAUUCGUUUCCCACAAAUCCUUUCAGAAUUCCAAGGGCCCCCCCCCCCCCGCCGUUGCCUCCAGAUCAUGUGUUGAACUCGGGAGCAGUGGUUUUCCCUGGUGCCUUUGAUCAGCAUGGAUAUCCUCUGGUUAUGUUCCCUGUGGAUGCUCAUGGCAACCUUUUAGAUCUAAGCAAAGCUGAAGUGGUUGACUUCAUACACGACUUUCUCUGUUUGCACAAGUAUGUAUCAAGGCUACAAUGUAAUGUGUGUUUUAGAUGUAAUUUUAAGAUUGUACAGACAUGCAUGGAAGUCAUGUUAAGCUUUACUAAUACCACUUUUUUAUAGUAAGAAAUAGGAGGAGAGCUUGGUUUCAGUUGUGGCUGAUUUGAGACAAGCCACUCUUACUACUACUAGGUUCAUCUCUGAAAGUCUUCUUCUCCUUGAGGUACCUUUCUUAGAAUGUUGUUCUAGGUGGAUUGUAAGUAUUGCUUUAUUAUACAGUAACAAACAUCAUAAUUGGUUCAUAAUGUCAAUUAGUAGGCCUACACCUUAGUCCACUUUUACAUAAAUCUUUGUUCUUUUUUAUAGAAUAUUGUGUGGGAAUUGUUCACAUUAUUUAUUGUUGUGUCCAGUUCAACCACAUAGAUGUUCAGCAAUAAGAUGCCUCGCCUAGUUAAAGGUUAAAUAAAAAAUACAACCUAUGAUUGGCCUUUCUGUCACUCCUAUGUAACUCAAUGAAAUUUAGCCAAUUUAAAGGGAUUUUGUCUGAGGUUGCUCUUCAGGGCACAACGCAGUUUGUGAUUGUUCAUAGUGGAAUUGUUCUUGGGGCUAAAAAAACUGGAUCAUAUGCCUUCAGUUAUUUAAAAAUAGACUAGCUCUAGUGGAAUUGCAUUAUCUGAGCUAAAUCGGUUGUUUGGAAAUCUGCAAUACACAGUUCACCGUGGCUUUAUUUGUCUGAUUACUUUUAGUAGAACGACCUUAUCAUUUUAGUAAUCAUACUCUAUAGUACAUUUUGUUUAGUCAUUUUUGAAAAUAGUGCUGUGAAUCUUCAGGUCAGUUUGUCAUCCUCAUUUAUCAUGGCCACAGACAAAAGUGGUGCUCAUUACAAUUUCAAAUCUGGGGAGGAUUUCGGUGUUCCCUAUCUUUGUACUGUUAGAAUGAGUGUGAUUUUUGACUUGUUGUCAUUAAUUAAUAUUGAUGAAAAUGUAACAUGCAUUUCUCACCCCAUCUAGCUGCGUACACUGUAUACAUGAUUCAACCGGAAACAAAAGAUGUUCUGAAACUAUUGUUGAAACUGGUACCAUCAAAGUCUUAUGUUGCUCCGUUCAAGAGAGUUCUGCUGAAAGAAGUCUUCGAACUUUCCAAUUACAUUGAUAGAAGCCAGUUGACUGCGGCUUUAGGAGGCUACCUGGUUUACUGUCAUCGGAGUUGUGUAACAUUUAUCAGGGAGAUUGAUGCCUUUGUCCAAGAGUUUCUCUCAGUGGUCCAGAGGCUCCCGUCGUGUAUUUCCACCCUGCAGACACUCUCCAGACAGCCUAUGCCCUCUGCCUUCACCGAACUGAAUGACUUCUGUUACAGCAGCGAAGCCAAGUUCCAACUGCUGCGGAGAGAGCUGGGCUUGGAUGAGCUGCUAAAGCACUGUGAUCAUGUGGUGGAGAAGCUGCGCUACCUUGAGAAUGACUCGUGCUAUCAGGCCAUGGCUGGGACGGCCCUCUUCACCCACACAGCCUUCAAUAUGCUGCAGAACUACAGCAGGAUAACUGCGGCUGCUGAAACAAUAGAGUUGCUGUGGCAACAGGCCUUCUCUAAGGCCCACCUCCAGGUGCAGGUCUACCAGCUGCGUGAUGAGGCACAGCAGAUAACUGAACAGAUUAAAAGUUGUCAGAAAGAGAAGCUCCAGCCUUACAGAAUAGAGAUCGUUAAAGAUGCGAGGAAGGCUGAGACGUUAACAUCUGAAUUUGAGGCAUCCAUCUAUACACCCGCCAUGGCUCUAGUCCACUGUGCUGAGGAUGUGAUCCACACGUUAGCUGACACUCUGCCUCCUGGUGAUGCCCAGACCAGGGAAGAGUGGGUGCAGGAUCUGGACAGACUGAAGGAGAACUUCCACGCUGCUGUAGAGCUCCCUCAUCAGACCCUCGGAGCAGUCGCCGACUUUUACCACUACUACACCAAAAUGUCCGCCAGUGAUUUUAAAGCGGCGGGUGUCCUGGGUCUUGAUGACAGUCUUGACUCUGCCGACACUGACAGCCAUAGUGAAUGCAGGUCAUCAGAGGCAGCCAGUGAAACUGAGGCAUCAGAAUGCAGCAUGAGCCACAAUGGAAGGCCGAUGGAGAACGGGCCGACGGGGUUGAGUCCCCCUCAAACCAACAGGGGACAGUUCCUGAAGGAGCUUAAAGGACUGCACGUUCUAGAUGAGCUCAUCAUGGAGGAGAACCUCAAGAUCCACAAGCUCAGACAAGCUGAGAACGAGAGCCUUGAUGAAAAGCCCCCUCAAUUGGCGGGCUCCCGAAUUACGUGCAAGGAGAGGCAGGUGUUUCUAUUCGAACUAGAAAGGGAGAAAAGGGAAGUGGAGAGGAUGGAAAAGAACCUAGCUAAAGAGAUGACCAAAGGAUGUCAACUCACGAAGAGGAUAAGCAGAACCAGGAUAGUAGUGAAAUGCUCUAUAAUGGACAGGAUUUCUAAACUGAAUAACUUGGAGGUUGGUGCUCUCUAUGAUGAUCUUAUAUCAGACCAUAGAAGCCAACACCUCAACGUAAAGCACUUGCCAACCCUGCCCAAAGACACCAUAAACCUUGAUCCUAAUGAAUCCCUCGUUAUUACUGCAACCUUUUCUGCCAUAAUGCCUGUAUCACAAGACUCUGUUCAAAGUGUAAAUGGUCAGUCUCCACAUGCGGACUCUAGUAUAUCUGGCUGUGGUGAUGCCAUGGUAGAAGUAGAUGCUCCCAGCCAUAGUGAGUUCACGGAGCCCAGAGCAUCACAACCGGUCUUAACUCCACCACAAAGCUAUUCUGAUCCCAGUGAAUUUAUUGAAGAGGUUGGAAUCCAACACCAAGAGGGUACAGAUGAGGAAGGCUUAGAUUUCAGAUUGGUGUACAAAUUGCAGUUUCCCCAAGAGGCCACCUUGACACCUGAAAUGUUCCCAGAACAUGGAGUAUUUGACCCGAGUUGGAAUUAUAACCCCCCAGUUUCUAAACCAAGAAAGGCAUCACUUCCUGUGAAUGACAAAGGGCAAGAACUCAACAUCUCUACAGAAACCAUGUAUUUAACCCUCUGCUCUGCCCUGAUAGUGAUUCAGCCCCUGACCCUAGACUCACAUCACAAGUCAUGCCAGAGUUCAGUACUCAUCCGAAACCUAAAGGGUGAAGCCUCAAACCUGUGAAGGAGCACAGCAA